GGUAAACUUUAAACAGCCAGCCUUCCAGAGAAAUCUGAUACACACUCAUUCACUGAGGAAGAGGCUGUUGUAGAAGAAAGGAUAUACAGGACAAAGUUCCCUCCCCAGUGCAUUACAAAGACACCCACUGUUCCUCAUUUCAGGCUGGUGUUCAUCACAUUAGCAAACAUUUCACCAUUUAAGAGGAUGCUGUCGGAAGGUUACCUAUACAGAAUCACCUAUCUUUGUGAAGACCUGAACCCUGAUCUCUACAGCAAGAGUUCAGCUGAGGAAGUGGUGUAUGAAAUGAGGUCCAUGAAUUAUUCUUCCACGGAUGAAGCCCAAGGAAAAAGCCUCCUUCAGAGAUGCAGAUCUGCUGGCAAGUGCAUUUCCUCAGUCUGCUCUAGAGGUAGCAAGCACAGCAGAAGGCAGAAGGAUAAUCUCCUACAGCCUACACAGCAGCCCGUGUCCACAGGGCCGCCGUCUCCAGCUGUACAUGUCUGUGAGAGGCUGGCAAAGAAAGACACCUACCUGGUUCCAUCUUCCUGCAAAAGCAUCUGCAAGAACUACAAUGAUUUGCAUAUAGCCGGGGACUACGUGGUGCCAAUUAGCUCAGUCACGACGGAUUUUGCCUGUGACAGCGGCAUAGGCCCCUUCUUGGAGUCCUCAGAGAUUCCUCCCCCCAUGGAGUCCAUGAAGGUCCCCCCCUCCAGUGACACCAUCCGCAAGCCGGUCCAAGGCUACUCCUCGUGCUGGCGGCUGGCAAGCUUAGUGCCCCACCAGCAACCCCUCUCUGACUCAGCCCUGAAUGACUACCUCGAGCAGAAGCUUCUGGAACUGUAUAAGCAGUACAUCAUGGACAGCACAGCAAACAGGGCAUCCCCCACUCAGAUCCUGGCCUCCGAGCUUAUCAUGACUAACGUAGAUCAAAUCAGCACGCAGAUAUCACGGGAGAGGAAUAUGGAGACCACCAAGGCCAAAGACAUUGUCAUUAGCCGCUUCUUACAAAUAGCCAGUGAAAAAAUAUCUUCAGAAAUGAGCACACCUAGUCUGCAUAUUUCCCCAUAUAGCCACACUAAUGUAUAGUAUUUGAAUGUCUGCCAUUAGAAAGCUUUUAUGUUCUGCAAAGUCAAUUUUUAGUUUCUUAAAACAUUUUUCUGCUUUAUAAAAAUGCACUUGCCAUCUACCACUUAAAUUAAAUGUUCUGGUACACAUUAAAUAAGUAAAAAUACCUGUACUCUACAGCCCCUAUUGUGGACCAGAAGAUUUACUGUGUUGUUUUGCUUUUUUAAAUAAGUUUUUCCCUAAAGGCUUAUUUCAGUGAGCCUCAGGUAUUAAAAGUUUUGUAGAAAAAGGGCUAAGAGCAUGCGAAAUUUUCCAGGUGCUCAGGUGUUCUUCUACUCCACGUUCUUGACAUAUCAUUUCAACUUUCCUCUGUCUGGAGUCUGCCAUCCUGCCUCUAGGUCUGUGUGAAGUGAAGGCUUACGCCCAUGCAAGCACAAUCACAGUCAUGUCAGAGCCACAGACAUACAGACUUUAGGAUGCCAUCUAGUUCAUUGCCCCACCCUAAGAGGCUUUCCUUAUGACAUCCCUCACAGAAUUUUUUAUAAUUUGUUUUAAAGAUACCAAGUGAUAGACAUUUCCAGUUUCUUCUAUACUAACCUUAAUUAUUUCACUGCUGUCUUCCAGUUCAAAGGUUGCCAUCCCUUUUUUGUGAAAAAAAAACUGUUUCCAAACAGGCUUCAUCAGUAGGAGCGCGCGUGUAUACCGGUGUGCUUUGCACUGAACUGAACUCUUCCAAUGGACACUGGUGACCUGUGAUGACAGACAGACACCACCUGUGCCAACGAUUUAGAGACUUGCAACUGUGGAGCAGUCGUGUAGCAAAAUAAUAAAGGGAAUAACGGGGAAAGCUGAAGCGGACCGCUCAGCAGCAUGGCUAGCCACUUCUUUUGUUAGGAUCCUUGCUGUGUAUCAUAGGUCAAGGUCGUUUGAACCUGAUCUAUUUAUAAAAGAAGGUCCUUUUUUUGUAAAAUUUCACUAGGUCUUAACAAGAAAAAAAAAAGAGCUCCUUGUGCCAAGGGCAGUUGCCUACUUUGAGUCUGCAUAAUGUUUAACAUGUUGUCAAGCCAAUCCAUCAC